AUGGCCGGUCGAGGAAGAGGAGGCCGGGGAUUAUCUUUUAAUAUCGAUGCUUUGGGAUUUGGGCGAGGAGAUGCCCUACCACAGGCUAUCAAUCAGCCACCCCCACUCUUCCCGCCACUUGAACUGAAAGCUGUACCUUUGCUGCAAGGAGAGGAAUAUGAAUAUAUGCUGGCCCUUAAACAAGAAUUUCGGGGCACCAUUCAUGAAUCUCCUUUUUACAUAAAGGUAACAGAAAAAAAGAAAGAUAUUCACCGUUACUCUGACAAAUACCAAACGUCUCUAGAGAAUAACAACUCUUGGGAACCAGACUGGGACAGUUUGCCAAAUGAACUCAAAUGGAAUCGCAAGAAAUUAAAGAAGGUGAGGUUCACUCCACGCCCUAAUCUUCCAAGCAAGGCUGAAGCUGCUGAAGUACUCAAGACAUUAGAGAGCCUUGAAAAGAAAGAUAAUCAGACUGAAGAAAAUGAAGAUGAAGAAAAAGAAGCUGAAGAAGAGGAAGAAGUUUUUGAAGAAGAGGAUGAAGAGGAUAAUGACUACAACUUGAAUUAUUUUGACAAUGGAGAGGAUUAUGGUGAUGAAGAUGAUGAUGACAUGGAUGAAGGACCUAUUUACUGA